UAUUUAUACUAUUGGUCAUAAACCAAAUAAAAUUAAUAUUUUAAAAUACUAAAGUGCCUAUCGAUAUCGAUAUCGGCCGAAGCGUGCGUUAUCGGAUAUUGCAAAGUAUAAACAACAUUUAAUAUUAUUUAUGCUGAUUUUACUUUAACUGGUACAUACGGCUGUGCAAUAUUGCUGCAAUAACCCAAACCCAAAGAUGCUGUCGCCUUCCUCGUACGAGCGAAACUAUUUGCAUAGCAAAUACGACAGCAGUAGCUUCAAGCGCUCCGCGUCCUUUUCUCCGGCUACAACUCCUUCAUCCGGACACAAGGACCGCCGGUCGGACGCGAGUUACUAUGAAAAUCGUCAGCAUCAGAACUCGGGCUCACAUCGCCGCUCCCGCUCCCGUUCCCGGUCCCGCUCCCGUUCGCGGUCGCAGUACCAGGGAUCGGCCCCGGUUGCUCGCCACCAUUCCGGACGCACAUCCCGCGACCGCCAGCGCAUGUAUGAGGCGCGCGAUCGACCCCAGGCUAGUCGCUGCAUUGGAGUCUUCGGACUGAAUACCAAUACCACGCAGCACAAGGUACGCGAGCUCUUUAACAAGUUUGGACCCAUCGAGCGUAUCCAGAUGGUCAUCGAUGCACACACUCAACGUUCGCGUGGCUUUUGCUUUAUCUACUUUGAGAAUCUCAAAGAUGCCAAGGUGGCCAAGGAUGCCUGUUCCGGCAUAGAAGUGGAUGGUCGUCGCAUUCGCGUCGACUACUCGAUAACCCAGCGUGCCCACACUCCUACUCCGGGAGUCUACAUGGGCCGUCCAUCGCGCGGCUAUUCAAAUCGCCCAGAGCGACGCCGUGAUCGCUCAGUCUCACCGAAUGACAGCUAUCGUCAGCGAAGCAAUUACUAUAGCGAUCGGCGCAGCUUCCGCAAGAGCCAUAGUCGCACUCGCUACGUGCGUAGCCGUUCACGUUCCCGUUCUCGUUCUGGCCCUAGCCGUCGCAUGUCAUCACGCUAUUAGCUGGCUACUUCCUAAACUCAUGCUCAGUUCUCGGCCCAGCUGGAUUGCGUCGGGGAAAGACCUGCACAGGAGCAUACGACUGAUAGACUGUAUCCCAUCUUUUACAUUUGGUUGGUGACCGACCAGUUCACCAUUAGACUAUUUUAAAAUAUACAACGCGUUGACCAUUAUCAUCGCUGCUAUACAAAAGCGAAGUUGAUUCUCGUCAGAAAGGAAUUACCAUCUUUACAUUCAGAUGUCCGCCCCUGGCGUGCGUGGCCCAACUACUUACCCCUCCAUCGUUCCACAACCGAAGGCGCCCGCACACAUUGUGAUAUGUAUUUUAAAAGGAAUGGCAGCGAAUAUGAUAAUGAUAAUU